AUGUUGUCAAACGCCACGCAACAGCCACAGCCCAUUCAACGCCAUGAUACCCUCCAUGGGACCAUCAAUGAAACUUCCCCUUACCCGUUGAAUGGGCAUGGCAUUGACCACGUUCCUUUGAACGGACAUGGCCAUGACACCCAACCUUCUUUGAACGGCAACCCUACCAAUCCACGCCCCAUUGCCAUCUGUGGCAUGGCGCUUCGUCUCCCAGGAGGAAUCAAAGACCCAGAGGCCUUCUGGGACGUGCUCAUCAACGGCAAAGACCUCCAGGCUCCAGUCCCACCAACUCGGUGGAACGCAGCCGGCUUCACCAACAAACUCGGCAGCCGUAGCUCCAUCGCAGCUCAGAAGGGUUACUUUCUCUCAGACGACCUGUCCACCCUCGACACCUCCUUCUUCACCAUGAGCAAGCGGGAGCUUGAGAGGUGUGAUCCACAGCAGCGAAAGCUUCUGGAGAUUACUCGUGAAGUUUUGGAGAGUGCCAGGGAGACUGGGUUUCGUGGUAAGCCCAUUGGGUGCUAUGUAGGCACGUUCGGUGAGGAUUGGCUUCAGAUGAGUGGUAAGGAGGACCAACACAUUGGGGGGUACCCCCUGGCCGCCUACGGUGACCUCAUCCUUGCGAACCGCAUCUCUUUUGAGUAUGACCUGAAAGGUCCAAGCAUGGUCAUCAAGACUGGCUGCUCGGCCUCCCUUGUUGGCUUACACGAGGCUUGCCGAGCCAUCCAAAGUGGGGACUGCUCCUCUGCCAUUGUUGCUGGCGCCAACCUGGUCAUGGGUCCUAUCCCCACGUCCGUCAUGGCUGGUGAGGGCAUGCUCUCGCCAGAUGGCUCUUGCAAGACGUUUGAUGCCUCUGCUAACGGGUAUGCCCGUGGUGAGGCCAUCAAUGCACUCUACCUCAAGCCCCUGGAUGACGCCAUUCGUGACAACAACCCUAUCAGGGCUGUUAUUCGGAACACUGCUACUAACAGCGAUGGAAAGAGUCAGGGCAUCCUGGCUCCUAACGGUGCCUCACAUGAGGCGCUCAUGCGCAAGGUCUACGGGGACAUUGGUCUUGACCCGGGCAAAACUGCAUUUGUAGAGUGUCAUGGGACUGGGACACCGACUGGUGACCCUAUCGAGGCCACUGCCGUCGGCAAUGUCUUUGGACAGCAUGGUGUCUACAUUGGAUCUGUCAAGCCAAACACUGGGCACGCUGAAGGAGCAUCUGGCAUCACCAGCAUCAUCAAGGCAGUCUUGGCUUUGGAGAACAACACUAUACCCCCGAACAUCAAGUUCAACAACCCAAACCCGAAGAUCCCUUUUGACACCAAGAAGCUCAAGGUACCUACCGAGCCUGAGUCAUGGCCAGAAGGUCGGGACAAGAGAGUGAGCGUCAACUCUUUUGGUAUCGGGGGCUCCAAUGCCCAUGUCAUUCUUGAGGCACCUUCAAGCUUGUCCACUCAAACUGAGACAACCUCGAGCCCCAAGCUCAUCGUCAUGUCUGCAAACACGAGUGAAUCUCUGAAGCAGUACCUUGCGACCGCCCAAGACUACCUGGCACAACACCCACACAACGCUGCCGACAUGGCGUACACGCUGGCCCACCAUCGCCAAUCCUUCCCUCAUCGUGCAUUCAUGGUGGUCAAGGCAGACGGCUCACUGGUCGAGACGUCCUCCCCCGCCAGGGCUCCAAGCUCAGCUCCUGGAGUUGUCAUGAUCUUCAACGGCCAGGGCGCUCAGUGGCCUGAGAUGGGAAAGCAGCUCUUCGAGACUGAUGCCUAUUUCAGAGAAGACGUGAUGAAGAUGAACCACAUCCUCAAGUCUUUGAUGCAUCCUCCCAGUUGGAACCUCCAAGAUGAGCUUUUUGCUCCUCGGGGCCAGAGUCGGGUCCACCAAGCCGAACUCUCCCAACCACUAUGCACAGCACUACAGAUUGCGCUUGUAUGUCACUUGCAACGCGCUGGCAUUCGCCCAUCAGCAGUCGUCGGCCACUCCAGUGGAGAGAUCGCGGCAGCAUACGCAGCCGGAGCUAUUUCCCUGGAAGAUGCCGUCAUCGCCGCCUACUAUCGGGGCUAUGUGACCAAGCUUCAGACCCGAAAGGGUGGCAUGGGCGCUGUUGGUCUGGGUGUGGAUGACAUAUCAAAGUACAUCCAAGAUGGCAUCGUCAUCGCCUGUGACAACAGUCCUGAGAGUGUCACGUUAUCUGGCGAUGUGGAGGUGCUGGACAGGGUGCUCGGCACCAUCAAGGCAGAGAACCCCGAUACUCUGACCAGGAGACUCAAGGUCGAGAUCGCCUACCAUUCAGAUCAUAUGAAGCCUUUGGCAACUCAGUACAAGGAUCUGAUGGAGCCUGAACUGGCAGGGCGAGAUCUGAAGCGACCUGCUACCAUCGACAUCCCCUUCUUCUCGUCCGUCACAGGCAAGAUGAUUACUUCUGGUGACAGUCUGGGCCCGGACUAUUGGAUCUCCAACCUGACCUCGCGGGUCCGCUUCACUUCAGCUGUCAGCAAGGCCCUCAAAGAUCUCCCAAACAGUGUCUUUGUCGAGAUUGGCCCUCACUCUACCCUCUCUGGGCCGCUACGCCAAAUCUCGACUGCUGUUGGCGCAGACUAUCGUUACGUCUCUACCCUCAAACGCAGCGGCGACUCUUCUUACAACUUGCUGUCCACCUUUGGCCAGUUGCACCAGAAGGGAGUCCCCUUGGACUGGUCAGCCAUUGUCCCCAAAGGCAGAGUUUUGACCAACCUGCCCAGCUACGCCUGGGAUUACAGCAGCGGUUCAUUCUGGUACGAGACUCGCUUGUCUAGAGAGUCGAGGUUCCGUGAGUUUGGCCACCAUCGUCUUCUAGGUCUUCGCAACCCGCACAGUUCGAGCUUGGAACCGGCUUGGCGCAACAACUUGACCCUUGAAGAUGAGCCCUGGUUGACUGACCACAUGGUCGGAUCUGAUGUUGUCUUUCCGUUCGCUGGUUACAUCGCCAUGGCUGGCGAGGCUAUUCGUCAGACGACAGGCAUCUCAGAGGGUUACCGUGUGCUAGAUGCCACGGCUCGAUCUGCGAUGGUCUUGUCCGACCAACCCGUUGAGGUGGUGACCACCCUGAGGCCUGUCAACCUUUCCGACACAUCCGUGUUUAGAUGGUUUACUUUCACCAUCGUCUCUCAUAAUGGCUCUUCCUGGACUCUUCACUUUGAGGGCCAGGUCAAGGCAUGCAAUGAGGCCUUGACUCCUUCACUCACACCGGCCACCGAUGCCCUUAUCCGUCCUGUUGCCUCCACCGGCUGGUACGAUGCGCUGGAACACAUUGGUCUUGUGUACGGUCCUGAGUUCCAAGCACUCGAGGAAAUUGUCACCUCAGCUACAGAGAACCUGGCAGUUGCCAAGAUAAACAACAAGAGUCGGCAGAGCGAUGAAGCCUUCCUCUUUCAUCCAGCCACAAUGGACAAUUGUCUUCAGCUGCUUCUUGCAGCAACAACAAGAGGUCUUGGUAGAAACUUUGGCCAGCUUCGUGUGCCGACCAGCAUCGAGGACUUGGUUGUCAGGCGCAGCUCUACUAGCAUGGAUGUCGUGGCCUCGGCUCAAGCCCUUGAUGACCUCGCCGUCGAGGUUAUCACAGAUGGCAAAGUUGCACUUCGUCUCAACGGCUUGCAGCUGACCCCAGUCGACAAUGGGCAAGAUGAACCCCACGAGCGUCAUGCAGCUGCGCGUCUUGAGUGGUUGCCAGACUUUGACCUGAUGGAUCACAAGACGCUCUUCACCUCGACGCGGUCAGAUUUGAAGGAAGCGCGGAUGCAUGAGGAGAUGACCCUUCUGUGCAUCUUGGAAACCGCUGAGAAGAUUCGGGAUCUCGAGCCCUGCAACUGGCACUUUGAAAAGUUCCGGAAUUGGCUGAACCUGGAGAUCGAUCGUGCCAGACAAGGCACUUACCCCAUUGUCGAGCAGAGCAAGACAUUUACUGAGAUGGCAUCCCCACGUCGCCGUGAGAUGAUCCAGGAGUACUAUGAGACUCUAGUUCAGAGCACUAUGAGGGCAUUCUUCGCUGUUGGUCUCAAAGCCAUCUACGACAACUGCGAGGGCAUUUUCACUGGCGAGGUCGAUGCCCUCCAAACUCUCAUGAAAGACAACGUUCUAGCUGAGAUCUACAACGCCGUCAGCUUCGGCAAAGGCGACUUCUUAAAGCUUUUAGCACACUCAAGACCGGACCUCCGCAUCCUCGAGGUCGGUGCCGGAACUGGCGGGACAACCGAGAUGAUCCUUCGCAACUUGGCCAGGCCAGAUGGUCUCCCGGCGUACAGCGUCUACACUUUCAGCGACAUCUCAGCCGGGUUCUUCCCGCAAGCUCGAGAACGCUUCCAUUAUGCGCCCAACAUGGACUACCGAGCCUUUGACAUUUCAAAGGACCCAUUCGAACAGGGUUUCAAGGCUAACACGUACGAUGUCAUUCUUGCUCCAAAUGUCAUCCACGCUACCGAGUCUCUCAACAAGACCUUGUCCAACCUUCAGCCACUGUUGCGCACAGGCGGCCUUCUGGUGCUGACUGAGCUCUGUGGUGUCGUGCGCACUCCCAACUACGUCUUUGGGAACUUCUCAGGAUGGUGGCUUGGUGAGGCUGAUGGGAGAGAGUGGGAGCCGUAUGUCAGUGUUGAGAGAUGGGACCAGGAGCUCAAGGCGGCUGGUUUUUCCGGAGUUGACACCACUGUCCUUGACGCUGAAGAGCCUUUCAACUAUGGUGCUGCUGUUGUCAGUACCAAGGUGGAGAAUGGCAAGAACCCGAAGGAUCUUGUGGACACUAGCAGCGUGUCCAUCAUCACGACAGAGCCUGAGGGCGCUCUAGCCAAGAAGUUGAUGGCAGAGCUCAACGACUCUGGCAUAUCCACUAGCGUGCAUGGCUUGCCUGAAGCUGCCACCCUGUCGCCGGAUGCCGACAUCAUCUCCCUGGUCGACCUCGAGAUCGACUUCUUUCAAAACAUCAGCCAACAGCAGUUCAAGGACUUCCAGGACUUCUUGAAUAGUCAAAAGACGGGGCGCGUCCUAUGGCUCACCAAGCCAGCGCAGGUCAACUGCCAAGAUCCGCAAUCAUCCCUUUCCAUUGGCCUCGCACGUUGUAUCCGUGCCGAAUCUCAGAUCCCGUUUCACACCCUCGAGAUCCAACCUGAUGAGUCUUGUUUUGCCGGACUGGUGGCCAAGCUUCUGAAUAAGAUCCGGCGGACAGUUGACGAUGAGUUGUUGUCUCCGGACAGGGAGUACAUCGUUGACGAGGGACUUGUCAAGAUCGGCCGGUAUCAGCCACUAUUCGUUAGCCAUGAGCUCAAAGAGACGAACUUAGCUGUUGCUAUUGACACAAGCGACGAGAACGAGGUCGUUGUCAAAACAUGCGCCGUGGCACUCAGUGCCGGUGCUGAUGGUGCAGUCUUCAAAACGGAGGAGGAUACGUCUCUCAACCAUGAUCUUCUCCAAGUGGCUGGUAUGGUGUCAGCUGUUGGUCCAAACGUUGAAGGUCUGGCUGUCGGCGACCGUGUUCUUGCUACGGCUACAGACUGCUCCAUCAAGACCAAGAUGGCUUGCUUCAAAUCUCUAGUUCACAAGAUUCCCCAGAGUCUGGACUUUGAAGAUGCUGUAGCGAUGGCGAUUCCUUUCGCCACCGCUCUUGAGAGCCUCAUCAAUGUUGGACAACUCCAGAAAGGCCAGUCUGUCUUGAUCCAUCCUGCAGCCACUGCCAUCGGUCAAGCCGCCAUCCAGAUCGCAAAGUUCAUCGGCGCCAAGAUAUAUGCUACAGCGACCAGCCAAGAAGAGGCAGAGAUCCUCGAAGAGGCCUACGAGAUUGAUGUCCGCCACAUCUUUACCUGCCAUGAAGAUUCCCUUGCCGCCACUCUCAAGCGUGAAACCGGCAACUGCGGUGUUGAUCUUGUCCUUCACUCAGUCCCCGGGAUUUCCUGCCAAGCCUUGAGGGACUGCGUUGCCAAUUUCGGCAAAAUGAUCAACCUUGGAGAUACCAGCAGCUUUGACGGAGAAGCUCUCGCCAUGAGGCCGUUCUUGAAGACCAGACAUUAUCAUGGCAUCAACAUGGCUCAGUUGGCUCGGAAGAGACCUCAGCGGAUGGCAGAGCUUCUCAGAAAGAGCAUCCAGCUUUGCGAAGACGGCCUGAUCGAGCCCAUUGGCUCUGCCGUGUUCGAGGCAGUUGACAUUGAGAAGGCCUUCCGGCAACUCAGAGACGAUCACGUCGACAACGUCGUGGUGAGGAUCCCUACAGAUGCCUCAACUCUCCCAACAACACCGCGCUACACCAAGCUCAGAAUGAGGAGUGACGCCUCCUACCUCCUCACAGGCGGCAUGGGAGGCCUUGGAGUGGGCAUCUCAAGAUGGCUUGUUGAGCGCGGUGCAAGGUCUCUGGUCUUCCUCUCCCGCAGCGCAGGCCAAAAGCCCAAAGACGAAGCGUUCAUCAGAGAGCUCGAGUCGUGCGGGUGCUCGGUAGUGACAGUGGCCGGUCGAGCUCAGUCCAUGGAAGACGUGCAGAGAGCCAUCUCGCUCGCACCGCAUCCCAUCAUGGGCGUGGUUCAUCUUGCCAUGGUUCUUCGCGACAAUCCCAUUGCCACCAUGUCCUAUGAGGAUUGGACAACAACCACAGCCCCAAAGAUACAGGGAGCGUGGAACCUGCACGAGUGCCUCAAGGACCACGAUCUUGACUUCAUGGUGAUGGCAAGCUCCAUCAACACCAUCGUUGAAAGUCCAGGCCAGGGCAACUACUCGGCAGCCAACACGUUCCUCGAGGCAUUCACCCAGUAUCGACGGUCGCUCUCCCUUCCGGCAUCUGUACUGAACAUCUGUGCCAUUGAGGAUGUGGGAUAUGUGGCUGAAAACGCCUUUGCCAAGAAGAACAUCAAAUCCCAAGGCCUGUACAGCCUGCGAGAAAAGGAGCUGCUCGACUUUUUCGAGCUAGCCAUCCGACUGUCACCAGCCUCCACCGCUACCACACCCGACCCGUCGUCGACACUAGUGGAGGAAAGUGAGGUUGACCAUCACAGCAAAUUGACACAGCAUCGUCCCUGGAGCAGCAAGGGGCAAGUCGUCAUGGGUCUGCGAUCUGAGAGCGAUCUCAACGACACCAACACACGAACCAACUGGCGACGAGAUCGUCGAAUGGGCUUCUACCACAACUACAACAGGACCAAGACCACAGACCAGGACGAGUCUUCUAACAAUCUUGCCGAAUUUCUCUCCAGCGCGACAGACAACCCCAGCAUUCUCGACGAAGCAGCGACUUCCGUCUUUUUGGCUCAAGAGAUCGGCAACAAGGUGUUCAAUCUUAUCCUCAAGGAUGCCGAGAACCUGGACACGAGCUUGACGCUGCAGCAGGUUGGUCUUGAUUCGCUCAUGGCUAUUGAGCUACGCCGGUGGUGGAAGCUUGCUUUUGGCCUGGAGAUCAGUGUGUUGGAGCUCAUGGCUACCGGGACUAUGGAAGCACUUGGAGCCGUUGCUGCCAAGGGGCUGAAGGGGAGACUGGCUUCAAGUGGCUAG